UCACCCGGUGACCCAUCUUUCCAUAUAUAGACCACAAGAACCUCUUCACUUUGCCAUUUUCCAGAAAAUUCACCAACUUCCUUAAAAACUGUACACAAUCAAAUUUCAAUCAAUCAAUUAAUCAUUCGUAAAUUCAAUCACUUUUUCAAAUUAAUUGAAUUUCAAUUUUGAAAUGGUGUCGGUAAAUCCAAACCCAACGCAAUCGCAAGGAUUUAACCUAGAAUUUACGAAUUCCGGUAUGCCUCUUCCCGGAGUUAACCCUAUUCCGCCGGUAAAUUCUCCGGUCUCCGGAGGUUCUGCUGUUCCGAUGGCGGAGGAUCACUCUAAGAAAGUGAGGAAGCCGUAUACGAUUACUAAGUCUAGAGAGAGCUGGACUGAACAAGAACACGAUAAGUUUCUAGAAGCUCUUCAAUUAUUUGAUCGUGAUUGGAAGAAAAUUGAAGCUUUUAUUGGUUCCAAGACAGUUAUUCAGAUUCGUAGUCAUGCUCAGAAGUACUUUCUAAAGGUUCAGAAGAGUGGGUCUAAUGAACGUGUGCCGCCUCCGCGACCAAAGAGGAAAGCAGCCCAUCCAUACCCGCAAAAGGCUUCUAAGACUGCUCCAGCGAUUAAUCAAUCUAUGGGACAGUAUCAGAAUUCUACUGUUGGUGUUUUGGAACCAGGGUAUGUUUACCACCAUGACCCAUCAUCAGUCCUCGCCAAUCAAAGUGGCAGUGCUCCAGCAUCGUCCUGGACUUUUGGGUCUGUGCCAGUUGUCAAUACAGCAAACUUGAGAAGAGAUGAUGCAACAUUAGCAAUGCCCUCAAUGACUCCCACGGGUUGCUGCAGCAGCAGCAAUGAGAGCAGAAGUACUUGGCCAACAGCUGGAGCUACGGAUCAGACAACUCAGGCAAAGCGUAUCAAAGUUGUACCAGACUUUGCUCAGGUUUACAGUUUUAUUGGAAGUGUCUUUGAUCCCAAUGCUCGUGAUCACCUGCAGAGGUUAAAGACAAUGGACCCAAUUAAUGUUGAAACAGUAUUGCUGUUGGAUGAGAAAUCUUUCAGUCAAUUUGCUUAGCCCUGAAUUUGAGGAAUAUCGGAAGUUAUUUUCAUCAUAUGAUGCAGAGUCUGGUAAAACUAGGUCAUGUAGUCAUCUCUUGCCAGCUCAAGAUAACUCCAAGACCGUAAUUCCUGCUGUUUACUAAUCAAGAAGUGGAAGUUAGCAGUACACAAGUUUGGAUGAUUCUAAACAACCGGAUGUUCCAUGUAGUUGUCUUUGUGUAAUGUGCAUGUUCUCUGCGAGUUUGGUUAGCAGAGUCGAAUCUUGGGAGGGAACAAAGUGGUGUACCUCCUCGCUGCUCAUGUCUUGCUGUGCCUGGGUUUUGUACUGGAGUUCCACUGCAGCCAACAAGUAGGUUGCUUGAGACAUUAGUCUAGGUUUGUAAUAUAAAGUCUUUCUUACGAGGUUUGAAAGUGUCUGUAUAGUGUCCUGAGAUCCUCUACUGAGGCUUUUGUAAUACGUACUAGUCAGAGAGUGCUGCUGCUGCUAUUGGGCAUGUUAACUUCUCGACAUAGCUGUGAAUGAGAAUCGUUUUGUACAUAUUGAAUCUGAGAAUGUUAUGUUUAUAGGAGAAGGUCCCGAACUGGUUUGACUGUUGAUGUUAUAAUAAAGUUUUGUCAGUUUCCCAAACA